AUGUGGAUCCGUGUGUCAGCUGAGUCAACACCUAUGCUUACUGCUAUCUGGGAUCACUCGCAAAUUCCGACAUUGGAAAACAAAUCAUGGCCUAAUUUGGUUGGUAAACCAGUAGAUGAGGCUGUUGAAGAAAUUAAACGAGACAAUCCGAAUCUACACGUCCAGAAACUUGAAGAAAACUCGCCUGUGACCUUAGAUUUACGCUAUGAUCGUGUACGUGUUUUCUUCGACAAGGAUGGCAAAGUUUCACAACCUCCAAAUACUGGCUGA